GUGUUUGUUUAAAGACACUUUUAUUUCAUUAUUAAAGCAAUUAGCAGGUAAACAUGAUGUCCCGAUGAGCCAAUACAAAGCUCAUUUACACAUUUCAAAAACCAACUAUUACGUUUUCGUGCACUCUUGGUUCAAAUUGACAGACGGCUUAAUGAGUGCGACAGGACAAAGCUACCAUUGUACGAAAAAUAAAACUUAUUGGAAAAUAGAAUGAACACAUUGACUAAACCUAGCAUUAAAUUGGAAAAUAGGCAUUGGAGAUCUAAAAACAGAGAAUAGAAAUAUCACCACCAGCCUCCUUAGUAAAUGUGGUCUUUCGUUGCUAGACAAUUGGAAGGUUGCGCGUAAAUAUGCCGUAUAGAAUUAAAGGAUAAGAAGUCAUAAUGUGCGUUUUAUCUCAGUUAUUAUUAAAAAGUUCUGCCAGAUCACGAAGACAGAACCAACUGCAAUAGAGCACGCCACUCGCAUUACCACACGAUCGAAAAGCAUGCAAACCGACGAGCGAUCAUCUCCGUUGAAGGCGGACAGCGACAACAUCUUCCCUUGCCCAUGCAGUGUCUGUGUGCCAACAUAUGGAAAAGAUUUCAGCAGUGAGACAGCUCUAAUGGCACCUCCUAGAGAGACAAUGUCGAGGCAUCAUCGACUAUUAGGCUUUACUGGCCCCCCGAUUCCCAUGUUACCAUAUACUCAGAUUCCGGGUUCUCCUACUCGCCUCUUGAUGCCGUACCCUCUUCAUAGAGCGCCAUAUCAAAGAGCAGUGUUUGCCCCCGACGCCUGUUACAGAUCGGGAAGUGUGCAAGAAACUCCCAAACAAGAAAUCUUACGAGAAAGCCAUCUCAUUCAGACUGAAUCCUUAACACCAAAUCCCGAUGCUUCUGGGAGAUAUUGGGACCGAUCUGGUAAUAAAGGUCCACACGAGAAAUCACGCCGAAUGCGCACAGUCUUCUCUCCUCAACAGCUCGACAGACUGGAACGAUAUUUUAAGAAUCAGCAGUAUGUGGGAAGUGCCCAGCGGAUUUUCAUCGCUUCACAGCUCGGUCUCUCAGAAACCCAAGUCAAAGUUUGGUUUCAAAAUCGGCGAAUAAGGUGGAGGAAGACAGCGCUUAAUGGUCAAAAAAAAACUCUCACAGAAGACCAAGAGUCCUAAUGAAACUUGUGGACUCUAACGAAGUCAAUAUUGCUUACGUGUACGCCGGGGGCUUUUGAGAGAGAAAGUCCUAACUCUUCAAACCAUACCAACAUAAACACACUGGAGGUGAGGGGAGGGGCGCGUACUGGAAAGAGGGCGCUUCAUCGAAGGGGCGCUUAUUAUUCUAAUGUACUGAUUCCGCUUUAGUGGAAGCUUAAGAAGUCGUAAAUAAAGUAACAUUAAUAAGUAGGUGUCAUUGGGGUUAACCGUUGGCAAGAAAACGGACAAAAAAAAUUAGAAGUUAGGCGUAAAAAAUAACAAAUUUUAUUCGUAACCCGUUAAAAAACUGUAAAUUUUUUUCUGUAGAUUUGGAUGGAAGAAAGUAACCAUUAGCCGUAAAAUAGCCAAAAUCUUAACCGGUAGCCGUAAAAGUCAUCACCCGGUUGAGACCCUUUAGAAACAGGUUCUCCAUACAUCCCUAUUAUUUAAAAAAUUGAGGGAGGAGGGGGAGGGGGAGUUUAUUCGAAAGGAGCGCUUGUUUGACAACAUCACCUUGGCGAUGGGCCCCUAUUCGGGGGAGGGCUCUAAUAAGAGUGUGGGCGCUUAUUCGAGGAAUUACGGUAAUUGCCUUUUCAAAGGGGGUUUAAUUUUGAAUCUUUUUAAGGUAGUAGGGUUUCAAGAUCCAUAGUAAGUA